CAAACUACACGGCACCAGCUACGGCCAGUGCAUACUGGAUAGCGGCGAACGGGCGAAGCUAACUCUGCUCCGUCGCAGGAGUUUUUUUUGUAGCUACGCGGGCCACGCCUGCUACGGAAUCAAAGAAACGCGCUAAUCUGCUUAUCCGCGUGAUAACGCAUCUUUUUAUGCCGCGAUUUCAUUUUUUCUGGCCAAAAUAAUGGCUCUCGUAGUGAAGCCUACGGGAAAUCCUUUGAGCAUCAGCUGGAAUUGCCUCCCCGACGAAACCUCAUCCGAAGAGGACAGCCAACCAAACACUCCUCUCUACUUCUCCGCCUUGCAGUUCAAUCCACACCCACCGAAGCAGCUGUUAGGCACCUACUCCCAUGUGCUCGCUGCGGUGUCCGGCAACCAGAUUGUAGUGAUCAGACUGACGGCGACUGCCACGACCAAGCAGCACGAGUUCUUUGUAACCGAAGUCGCGUGUGGCCCGCACAGUAACAAGGAGAACGACAGCAUCCGCAUGGAAGAUCUACACACCGUGCAGUGGCUGAAGGAUCCCCUGACACAGCGCACGUGGUCGGCGCUGGCCGUUGGCGGACGGCAUGGAUAUAUCCGCAUCAUCGACUACACGGUCAGACCUGUGCGGAUGGGCUAUCUGGCGGCGCACACGGGUGCCGUGACGGCGCUGGCCUACUGCGAGGAACAGGCGCCGUUUCUCCUCUCCGGAUCGGAUGACUUCACCGUCCGCUUGUGGAAUGUGCGUUUGCUGGUGUGUUUGGCGCUGUUCAAGGGCCAAGGCGGUCAUGUGAAGGAAAUUAUCACGCUGGAUAUGCAUCCGUCCGGGCGAUUUUUCGUGUCGGGAUCGCGAGAUGAUCGAAUAAAGGUAUGGAGCCUGUUCGGUGGGAAGCACCCUGCUUUGCAAGCGGCAGCUGCGAAUCCGCACGCCGUGGCGGCUAAUCCUGUUAUCAUACCCGCUCCGGAUUUCACCACGCAGUGCGAGACGGAAUUGAACAGUGUGCGGUGGAUAAAUAUUGAGAAAUCUGAUAAUUUCUUCUUCGUGUGUCGAUUAAAGGAAAGAGUCGCUAUCUGGUCGCUUGUUGUUGGCCAGCAGUCGAGCAGGGUGGAAUGGAAGGAGCACAGUCAUCCGUUAGCCGUCGGUAUUCCGUCGGAUCAGCCAGACUGGUUUGGAAAGUUUGACUGUAUUCGGGAUCCGUUCAAUUCCAAGGGAACCAAGCUCGGCAACCCGGUCAUGUUUCUCGAGUGGCCCGAAAUAUGCGCUCCCACAAGAGGAAUAGAGGAGAAACGGAAUGCCAAGAAAGGUCAAGUCUCUGCCCGAGGUUUGUCGCAGCGCGUCGAGUGUGUGGCAUACACGCUGGAUCAGCGUAUGGUAGCGGCCAGCGAAUACAGCGGUCAGAUAACGUUCUACAGCCUUGAACAGAGCAGCUGAUUGUGCGGGAGAAAACUAAGAAUCAGUGGAUGCAGCUGUUAAUUAGUUAAUUAGCUAAGCCUGUGCUAUCGACAUUUAUAUGGGACUUUUUUAAAUAUAUUAUUAAUGCUUAAAUUUUAACUAGCACUUUCUGUAAUUUUAAUGGCUUUUGCCUCUUACAGACUGUGGUACUUGAAACAUGAUAUGAAUGUAUUUUUUCUUUCUGAUCUCUGCAUUGUUCGGGCACAGUUUACUCUAGAUUUCUGCGUUCUUUCCUCUUUUGAAUAUUUGUUAUUGUUUAAAAAGAAUUUGUUAGAAUUCUUAGAAUUCUUAGGAUUUGUUAGUUUUAAGCGUAAGAUGAACUGCUUUGUCGUGGCAGAUUAUGUAUACUCUAAAUACCCACUUUAUGUAUUGCCGUUGGAUGCUUGUCUGCAGUUAAU